AAUCAACGUGUGCCCGUCGCAGCAACAGUGCUGAGGCCGUGGCGCAUUGCGGACCGAAGGAGAGAGCGAAGGUCGAGUGGGGGACGAGAGACAGACAGAGGCAGCGAACGAGAGUGGCGGAUCGAGCGAGAGAGAGAGAGAUGGCAGGAACAAGUGUCAUGUCCAAGUGUCGGGGGUCGACGGGCGAUCUGUUGGUCCGGACUUCUGCGGCGCUCUGCCGCUCCGUGGCCAGCACGAGAAUGUUCGCAGUGUCCAGCAAGGAGGAGGACGAAUCGCAGCCUCAGGAAGACGUGCGAAAAUCAGUCGAGGCCGAUGAACCGGUUGCGGCUGCUCCCGUCGAUGGGGACGAGGAGGGCGAGGGCGAGGGCGAGGGCAACGAGUUUGUGAACGAGGAAACGGGAGAAAUAGGAGGGCCCAGAGGCCCCGAGCCGACGAGAUACGGAGACUGGGAGAAAGGCGGGCGAUGCUCUGAUUUCUGAGAAGUCCUACUGAUACGCGAGUAAGAAGUGAAAGCCCUCGACGCUCGAAAUUCCUUUGCGAUCGAUUGCUCCGACCUCUUUUCUCCACGGGACCUGCGAUGCCUGAAUCUAGCCUUGCCGAAGACCUGGUGAUUGCACGCGGUGGGAGGGAGCCCAAUCUCGGAGAGAGACUGAUAAUUGUCCUAGGGAUCUCUCUUCCUCUGCCUGUUCUUGUUCACGGCUGAUCGAAAGUUCACUUUGUUCACUUUGCAUGGUCCGUUGGGCUUCUCAGACUAGCGAAUGUUCGAACUGCAAGGAGAAGGAUGUUCAACACCUAAUUCACUUUUGCAGUGUGCCCUAUGUAGAGCUCUCUGCAUGUUCCCAAUUUUCAAAGAGAUCGUACUGCGGCUUCUCUGCUUUCAUGGGCAGGACCGAAGCCCAUAUUUACACUGUAAAAUUUGCAAAUUGCCAUAGCCAAGGUGGUACGAGGGCUACCUUCUCACCUCGAGGCAGAUAUGCU